AUGCCUAUUUUGCAGAACGGUCAAAGUCCCGAAUAUACUUACUUAUUUGAACCGAAACGACCAACACUUCUUAAGAAAGUAAAAUCUAUAUUUAAACAUAUUAAUCACAAUCAAGUUGAUGAAAAUGAAAUUGAAGAGGAAAUUGUAAAUAAUGAAGCUGAAGAAUUACGGUUGGAUGGAAGAAGUUUUAGAGAGGGAUUUGGUAGUAGGAGAAUUGAAGGAGUUCCUGUAGUAGAUGAAAGUAUACAAACUGAUCCAGAAAUAUCUGAACAAACAACGGGAAAUGUACAGGGUGAGGGGUCUAAAGGAGAGGAAGAAUCUGUUGAAAAUCCGGAAAAUAAGGAUCCAAAUUCACAAAUAAAUACUGAAAAUCAGGAAAAUAUUGAAACUGUAAAUAAAGAAGAAUCGAGUAAAAAAGGAAAAGAACCUGUACAAAUACCAGAAAAAGGCGAAGGUUCAACGAGUACUAAUUUAGAAACAAAUGAUAAUAAACCUGAAACAAUUAAUGUCUCUUAUGAAAAAUCAACAAGUUCAGAAAGUAGUUCGUCAAGUAGUUCGGAAAGUGAAUAUGUUAUUUAUAAAAAUGAAAAACUUAAAAUACAUCGAGAAAAAAGUAAAAUUAGUUAUAAUUUUUAA